AAUGUUAACUCGAGAGCCCCAGUCAUCAACGUUUCAAACUACAUUGUGGAGAUUUUUUCUUUAUUGAUUUUGUCCCACCAGGUUUCCUUUGUACGCUUCAGUCAGUCGCGGUCAGAUUUAUGCCGUGAUAUCACGAUGGAGAGCAAGGUUGCGAGAUACGCCAAGUACAAGAGAGACAUAAAAUGCUUGAUUGUUGCUUCCGGCAUUUGGCCACACUAUGAGAAACAUCCACACGUAUUGAGAAAGUUAUUGAGUUUUUGUUCGGCUUUUUGCAGCGGGUCUACUUUCUACUGUAUCGUGGCCUUUUGCUUCAAGUAUGCCACCAACAUAAACAUUUUCACCAGCUGCUUGGGAUUGAUGAUUGGUUUCUUCACGACCUUUAUCAAGAUUGUCAUUCUGUCGAUGCGUCAAGAGGACCUACAGAGUCUGAACGAAGGGGUUUCCAAAAGCUUUGAGAACAACUUGAAGCUUCCUGAGAAUCAACCUCAUCUUCUAUAUCACUUUCCAAGCUUUUCGAGAUUCUUUUAUCUCUAUGCUUAUGUCGUGGGAAUAAGUUUUGUAUUCCUAGCAAGCACACCACUGUCAAUUAUGCUCAGAUAUGGAAAGUACGUUAGAAUGUAUCCACAGCUGAUGCCCUUCGCUUACGAACCAGGUGGAUCAGUACAUUGGGCGGUAUUCGGGUUCGAAAUGUUCACUGGAUUCUAUCUCUGGAGUGUCACCAUCGGAGUUGAUUCCAUUUUUGGACUCUACGCUCUGCACAUGGUUGGACAACUAAGGCUUCUAGGUAGUCGAUUCCAGAACUUGAAAUCAAGUUCGAAUUAUGAUAAAGAGUUGGGGGAGUGCGUGAGGAGCCACAUUCAACUGAUGAAGUCGCGUCACAAACUGCAGCGAGUCUUCGGUUUUCUGGCUAUUUGGCUCGCCGUAACUUGCGCCAUUGCUCUUUGCUCUCAGGUUUUCCAAGCUCUUCAUAUGAGAAAUACUACGCCCGUGAGAGCUUUGUAUCUUUUUGGCCAUUGGUUUAUAAAAAUAGUGCAAGCCUACUCGUACUCCUGGUAUGGAAACAUCAUUGCUGUAGAGAGUGAUCUCUGCCUGAAUUCGAUGUACUACUCGCACUGGCCAGGAUCUGGUGACAAGCGCUUCAUGGCCGACGUACUGAUCAUUCUGUCGCAAAAGCCAUUGGUUUUCAAAGCGAAACAGUUGAUGGAGCUGCGUUUGGAUAUGUUUUUGAAGAUUGUACAUACGUCAUUAUCUUACUUUUUUCUGCUGCGUACGUUAGACGAGAAUCCGAAAGCAGGAACAUAAACUUAGUGACUCGAGUUUUUAACAGAUAAUGUUCGCGAAACGUAUUUUUAAUUUUAUAAAUAUCGAUGAAAACUGAACAAAAAAUAAAAUUGUGACAUUUGCAAGAAUACAUUU